CACACUAUUUCAUUGACUACAAAGUAAAUUUUUGUUAUUACUUUAGGUUUAGUUUUCAAGCGAUGUGUUAACACAUGUACUCAAACGAACGAGCGAUUUUAGAGUUUGAACUAUGUUCCUAUAUCUUAAUGGGCUGUAUUAAAUGCUAGUAAAUUCAUUUAGUUUACAAAAUAUUAUGGAGUCAGACAUAAGCAGUGUAAAACGCGACACGUAUGUGCAUUGACCCAACUUCCCACCCCACAUCAAUACGGCCAGAUGAAAUUACCAAAAUAAAAACAAGAGGAGUAUAAGUAUUAAUACUAUCAGUUAGACUAACAAACAAUUGUCCAUACAGAAUAUAAUUCGAGAAAGUGACUUCUCGAACUAAGAGUAAAUACAUCUGCAUCAUUGUGACCGGUUCUGAACUACGUUUCCCAACGUUUUCAACCAUUGAUCACGAUGAUCGAACUGACUCCAACCAGGUAGUUUGUACCUAUCAACGUGAUUCAGACUUACACCCAUUAAUUAGAUGGACUGAUGAACCAUCUUGGUUUGGGGUAUCUUUACUAUCUUCUAACGUAUUUUCUUCCAGCCCGUAGCGUGCAUCAAGGUAUGCGGUAAUUGUGGAUACUUGAUAUAUAUCCUAAUCACUUCAUUCGACAGAUAUUCAUAACCUCAAUCCUUCCACGGUACAGUACCAGUUCUUUGAAGACAUUUGUGAUCAAAAACAUGCAAUCUAUUCAUAUCUACUUUUAAAAGACCAUAUUUCAUAGACGGAGUAGUACAGAACGGAUUAUUGUGCAGUAUACUCGCCCUUUGGUUGAUAUGUGGACAUCUUGCUUACUCCAUUAGUGACUUACUUCAAUUUUUGUUGACCCUAUGUGCUGUUUGUCAAUGUAGUCAAGUAUCGACUGGAUCAAAUGCAACGUCGACUAGAAGCUGAACAAAGACAGUCGACAAGUCGAGCUAGUUUCAAAUGUUCUUCUUGUAAUACAGCCUAUACAGACUUGGAAGUGGAUCGUUUAAUGGAUUUUACUAAUCCGGGAAAACUUGUAUGUGUAUAUUGUCGUGGGGAAGUUUGUGAAGAAGAAGAUAACGCUUCACGAACAGAUGCUCGUGCUUUAAUCGCAAAGUUUCACCAUCAGGUUCGAGAUCCGAUCGAUCUAAUGCUUCGUGAAUGUGAUGAAAUACACUUGUCACCUUCAAUACUCGAACCAGAAAUCCGUCCUCUUGAACCUCUAAACGAUGACACCUCUGAUGAAUCUCAAACGUUCUCUCAAAACGUCGGUAGGAACUCUAUUUUGCCUGGUGAUAAAAAUAAAAAAAACUCAUCUCUAUUCGGUCCAACUGAAAGCAGUGUUCGGAUCGUUCUAAGUGGAAACUCAAGUGGAUCAAACCAAGUGAUCAAAGAAAGACCUAUAUGGAUGUCUGACAGCACCAUAAGUCUCAACCCAACUCCUGGAAUUGGAAAUACGGAUUCACAAGUGAAUAUAUUUUCAAAUGCAUCCGAUUUUCAUUCGAACCAUACUCCUGAAGACGCUAUCACUCAGACUCUUGCCCCUGGAAGAGUGCCCUCUGGAUUUGGUAGUAACUUAUCCAAUUCUGUUACAGCUAGUGUUUCUCACAACAGGCUAGCUGAUACUGCUACCUCGGAAACUAAUCUAAUUACAAAUACGACUGGUGGGACCAAUGCAGCUUCGUCUAGUGAUAUUAUGCAAUUACUACUUGUACAUGAGCGACGUGGUCUACUCACCCGGAAUUCCGCUAAAAAUGUUAGUGUCCCAGGUCGCAAUAAUGCACAUAAAACUACACUUGCCCAACCCCAUCCCCUGGUUAACACGGAAAAUACGUCUGUUGACCUUCACCCAAAGAAGUUCGAGGUUACUGUUGGAGGUCAGCUUAUGCUUUAUACAGAUGUAACUCCAGCAAUGGUGAAGACAAUGACUAAAGAAGAGCGUGAAAACUACGUGCGCGUUGGUAAGCUCAUGUUCACCAACUUAAUGCUCGAAUAAAACGAAAAUGAGCUUGUGUAAAAUAUAAUGUAUUAUACAGAUUCAAAAAUACAUGAUGCUUAACAUAGUAGUUGACUCAUAAAUUGUAAGAGGAAACACUAAUUGAAUGAUAAUUCUGUGUAGG